UUUCCUCCCGGAGAGUUUGCAUACGUUUACUUUCUUCUACGAUGAUGUUUGUCUACCGACAGAUUACAGACACAUGGAAGGUUUUGGUAUUCACGCCUAUCAAUUGAUCAAAAAAGCUGGGAAAGCACAUUAUGUGAAGUUCCACUGGAAGCCAACUUGCGGUGUCUAGUCCAUGACGGAGGAAGAAGCUAUUAGGGUGGGAGGUACUAAUCCUAGCCACUCCACCAAGGAUCUUUACUAUUCAAUUGCUGCUGGCAACUACCCUGAGUGGAAACUUUUUAUCCAAAUUAUGGAUCCCGAGGAUGUUGACAAAUUCGACUUUGACCCUCUUGACGUAACCAAGAUUUGGCCUGAGGAUAUCUUGCCAUUGAUGCCAGUUGGUCGAUUGGUAUUGAAUAGUAACAUCGAUAACUUCUUUGCAGAGAAUGAGCAGCUCGCAUUUAACCCUGGACAUAUUGUCCCUGGUAUCUACUAUUCGGAGGAUAAGCUUCUCCAGACUAGGAUAUUUGCAUAUGCUGAUACUCAGAGACACCGUAUUGGACUAAACUAUAUGCAGCUCCUAGUUAACGCUCCCAAGUGUGCUCAUCAAAAUAAUCACCGUGAUGGUGCCAUGAACUUCAUGCAUCGCGAUGAGGAGGUGGAUUAUUUGCCCUCAAGGUUUGAUCCUUGUCGUCCUGCCGAGCAGUACCCAAUUCCUUCUUGUGUCUUGACAGGAAGGCGUCAAAUGUGUGUCAUUCCGAAAGAGAACAACUUCAAGCAGGCAGGGGAGAGAUACAGAUCCUGGGCACCUGACAGGCAAGACAGAUAUAUCAACAAAUAGGUUGAGUCUUUAUCCGAUCCCUGAGUCACUCAUGAGAUACGCAGUAUAUGGAUAUCGUACUUGUCUCAGGCUGACAAGUCUUGUGGUCAGAAGGUCGCUGCUCAUCUCACUGUGAAGCCAACAAUGUGAAGAUGAAAACAGUUGGAAAUGGGAAAUGUUUCAAGUUGCAAUGCUGAAGGACUAAUACAAGAAAACGUUCGCGUUGGUGCUGUAAACUGUACUGCUUUUUACUACAAUAAUGUUGUAUUUUGUACCGAACUUUGGAUGUCUUGUGUUUUAUUACGAUGAUGUUGGAAACUGAAUAAGUUUAAAGUUGUACUUGUAUGUUCAAGUAUUGUAAUCAUCUUCUUUGUUUCA